AAAUAUGAAGUGUCUACAGGAGCCGAUUCAUCUGUGUGUAUCAGCCAUGGCAAGGCUGUGGUCGAGGUAACAAAUGCUCCCGUUGUCGUGAAGCCGGAUUUAAGCAUAGCCGGCUACCAUUUCACAGCUACUGUAACGAACAAGGAAAAGCCUCUACCGGAUGUUCGCCUUACCUUGUAUUCAGAGGUUAAGCCAGAACUCACUGACUGCAAAGCUAUUUCUUCACCGGUGAAAGGUGCCGAAUCUGCCAAGUUCUCGUGUCCGAUCGGUGCGACGUCAGCUGAAGGUCGUGUUGUGGUACCAUGUUUGCCAUCAGGAACAUAUUUCAUCACGGCUGAGUACAAAAAUGGCGAUACGGAGUUCCAGUUCAAACCUUCAGUGCAAAAGCUAGUUGUGAAGGACCGCGCCACCACGAUUUCGUUCUCCGUCAGUGGAUUUACAGCACGUGGACGAGUUGUUGUUGGCAAUAAAGGAAUAUCUGGGGCAGAAGUGAUUGUACAGGGCAAUAAAAUAACUGAAACUGAUGCCAAUGGCUACUAUACUCUUCAGGCGCUCACGGAAGGUCCUGUUGAGGUCACAGACUCCCUCACGCCAAAUUCAGCACAGUGA